UACGCAGGUGGCGUGGAGUUUACCGGAAAUAGGCCAGAGGCAGCAGCAGCAGAAGAAGAAGAAGAAGGAAGAAGAAGAGGCUCUCCUCCGGUCGCUAGCUAGCUACUGCUGGGAAGUAGCGACAACAUUUUCAGGAUAUUAUCAUAAUGAGUUAUGCAGAGAAGCCGGAGGACAUAACGAGAGAAGAGUGGAUGGAUAAACUCAACAAUGUCCACAUUCAGAGAGCUGAUAUGAACAGGCUCAUUAUGAACUACCUGGUGACAGAGGGCUUUAAGGAGGCAGCGGAGAAAUUCAGGAUGGAGUCUGGAAUAGAGCCUAGUGUGGACUUGGACUCCCUCGAUGAAAGAAUUAAAAUCAGAGAGAUGAUCUUGAAGGGACAGAUCCAGGAUGCCAUCGCACUGAUCAACAGUCUGCACCCAGAACUGCUGGAUACCAACCGUUACCUCUACUUUCACCUACAGCAGCAGCAUCUGAUUGAGCUGAUUCGUUUGAGGGAGACCGAAGCUGCCCUUGAAUUUGCCCAGUCUCAGUUGGCCGAGCAGGGGGAGGAGAGCCGGGAAUGUCUGACGGAGAUGGAGAGGACACUGGCCCUGCUGGCGUUCGACAACCCUGAGGAGUCACCUUUUGGAGAUCUGCUCAAUAUGAUGCAGAGACAAAAGGUAUGGAGUGAAGUGAAUCAGUGUGUGCUCGACUAUGAAAACAGAGAGUCAACACCCAAGCUGGCCAAGCUCCUGAAGCUACUGCUGUGGGCCCAAAAUGAACUUGACCAAAAGAAAGUGAAGUAUCCCAAAAUGACAGAUCUCAGCAAGGGAACCAUUGAAGACCCCAAAUAAGGACCCACAGUGAAAACAUACCACGACAUUACAAAAUGGACACAUUUCCUUUAUCUAUUUAUACCCCAAACAACUGACUCAUAUAGAGUACAACCUUUUCUUUUUUGUAAGGGUUGAUUUUUGAUACUUUAAUAACUUAGAAUGUGCAAACGGGAUUAAUGGCAUUUUAAAACAAUUUCUCACACUAAAGUAACAAUGCAGACCAUUAUUUUACUUGGUAUUAUAAUUUACAUAUUUGUUUAUGUAAAAUUAGUACACUAGUUUUUCUGUCUGUCGGCAGGGAAAGUUGUUGGCAUAGGAAGAUGUGAAUAAAGCCUAAAUUAGGCUGUCACUUUCUGUGUGUGACCACUUAGAAUGGGUUAAUUCUGAUGUUUAGGAAAAAUGGUUGGCUCGGUGUGCACUGCCUCAAAUAAACACAAACCUUUUCCUUACCAAACCAUACACAUUUCAGCUUGUAGUCAUUUAGCUAGUCCUCUAUGUGAUGGCAAUAGCCAAAGCAAGAUACUUGGGAUGUUUCAAACUACUGUGACUUUGAAAAUUCAGCUUUAGAUUGGUACUGCAUUAUUGCCUGAGACAUUACAAGAAUAUGCGGACAUAGACAAGAUCAUCAGCUACCAUGAUGUAUAGCUUACAUCGCGGGAGCAAUUAACAAGUGAGACAAGGUGCGAUUCCUAGAAUGAUAAGAACUUUGCAGCAUACUGUGACUGUGCAAGCUUAAAGGCAGCCUCCGUUUCAUGAUGUUAUACAAUAUCACAGAAUAUAUUAAAAGAUGUGAAUGGAUAAAUCUAUGUCCACAGACAUGGAGACACUUUUACAGAUGGAUUAUUUACAUGUAUGGAAUAAGUAGCUCUUUCGCUGAAUUUGAUGUGCUUUUUUUGCUGGGAUAUUAUUUUGCAAUAAAAGUGAAUUUUUAAAUGCGCAGAUCAUAAAAGAAUGAAAA